ACUUUGCAUCAUUUGGCGAGUAGUUCUGGCUAACUAAGGCAAAAAUUCCAAGAUGUGGCUCUUAGUGGCAGCCCUCCUAGCUUGUUUUGCUUCCAAUGCAAGUGGCCAAAACCAAACAAUGCAUGAGAUGUCAUUUGACGAUGGAAAUUUUAACGUAUCGUGGACACACAACAGAAGUACGGAAGAGUUAGAGUUUGAAGUUAAUGCCAAUGCAAUAGGUUAUGUUGCCUUUGGGUUCACCUUUACGCCAGAAGACAUGCAGAACUAUUCUAUUGUGGUGGGAGGCACAAAUGGCUCCGGACAGAAUUAUUUCAAUAGUUACCACACCAGUGGCCUCGGGAAACUUACCCUGGAUGCGGACCCGCAAAUUUACAUACUGGACAGUGCUGAAGAACAAAAUGGCACUACAACCCUACGCUUCCGACGACCGCUGGAGACAAACGACAGUAAAGACAUCCAGUUUAACGAGACCACUCGUGUGUUCCUUGUGUGGGCUUAUCAUAAAUAUUCGGAUGCAGAUAAUGUCGUUACGUACCACACAAACAGAAAUUACACAGAACAAGCCAUGCAAGUUGUCUUCCCGCCUGUGGAAAUGACGUCAACACCUCCGGCCGUCAUGACCAGGGAACGGCCAAACCCAGAAUCCUCCGCAGUUCAAGUGGUUGUCAGUGCUUUCACGCUCUCUGUCUUGGCAAUUUCAGCACUUAUGUUUUGAAGUAGCUCUGGGUCAUUAAAAAAAAAAUUAUAAAAUAAAAGAAGCUAUAGCAGUUCAACAGGCACCUGCCCGCCCAAGAAGGACAAUCUCACUGCUUUUUGCAACAAAUUAGAGAAGCAAAAUUAGUCUCAUUCAAAGGCAUUCUGUGCUCAUUUCGCCAAUUGGUAAAGAUCGCUUCACGUU